ACCUCGAAAAACCUCACAAAUCGACAUCUAUGAAGACACUGACCGACCUUCGAGGAUUGCUGUCUCCAGGAGCCACCAACGAGGAACGCCAGCCAAUCAUGACCCCCGUAGAACAUCUGGACCGCCAAUCAGAACGUGCUGCCAGGGAUAACCAAUCACCGUCCGUGAACGGAAUAGAGCUGUCCACCAAUUACAACGCGAUCCAGGUGCCGCCACUUGCGACGGCAGCCGUCCAGGAUCCUCACGGAGGAUUUUUGGGUCCUGAAACCUUCUUCCACGACUUAUCAGGACCCAGGACGGACCCAAGAAGGACUACAGAGGACCCCGGAAGACCUAUAGCGGACUCGAUAGGGCGUAGGCCGGAUCCAGGAGGCCUCAGACGGCCUCCACACUCGUGGACGAGGUCUGGUAAAUGGUCUUACUGGCAAAGGUGGUGUGGGUAAGCACCUUAUUCUUCCUCAACAAUGUUCCUCUUCCAGCAUUUUAAUAGUCUUUUUUAUUACGCAGUCUACUUCUUCCUGGGCCAUAUAGUUACCACCACUUUCUUGAAUCAAGAGCACCUGGCUAACAUAAAGACACCGUUAAGGUUC